AACGUCAGUUGCCGUUCGACGCUCAAGCGAAAGUGCUCUGGAAUAAGUGAAAGUGACAGUGGCGAGUGCGAAGUGCGGGCUAUAUACAAAUAGAAAAUAGGAUAUACGUCUUAAGGAUGCGUUUGUUGUGUUUAACGCUGCUGCUGCUAGGCGGCGCAUUGUGCAGCGCCCAGGAUGCGCAGCCGGGUGCCACCGUUGUCAGCGGCCCCGAGGCAGCUGCUGCCGUCGAUAGCUUGACCCAGGGCGAUACUAAGGGUGAUGCGACAAAUGCCACCACUGCGCCGGCCAAGCUGCAGAUACCCAGCCAAGAUCAGCUUCUCGCUCAGAUGCCACCCGUUACGCUACCUCGCAGUGGCAUUCCCUCAGUGGAUGCCUUCUAUUUCAUGUUCCCAGCUUUAAGCAGCCUCUUGCGUUGGGGCAGCCUCUUUCCGGCGCAGACUUUGCUCGGCGCCGUGCCGGACAAUCUGCAGGCAUCUCCCUCCAAGGUGGUGCUGGUCCUAGCCGAUGAUGCGAAUGGUCACAAGUCACGUGUAACGCGUCAGGAUGCAGCUCCUGCUGCUCCUGCACCACCUGCCCCAGCUCCGCCAGGAGCGCUGAAUGGCGCUGCUAUGUUGCAGCAAAUGCAGCAGAUGCUUGGCCAGAUGCCACCGCCGAAUCUUGCCCAGAUGGUCCCGCCGAAUCUUGCUCAAAUGAUGCCCCGACCACCCGCCGGCUGGCUGCCGGAUGGCUUCAGCCUGGGCCAAAUGCCCCCACUGCCGGACAACUUCAAUCUCGGCCAGAUGCCGCCAAUGCCGCCAAUGCCGGAUGCCUUCAAUCUAGGCCAGAUGGCGCCCGUUAUGCAGAGCUUUGGACUGCCAACACUCGACGGCCUGCUCGGCCAGGCAUCCGCUGCGACCACGACCACACCAGCUCCACCCGCAGCCAAGCCCGCGGAUGAGCCGGCAGCACCGGCGCCGGCACCUGCUGGCCCGACACUUGGCCAGGCUCCACCACCGGGAUUCGGAUCGUUCUUCGAUGGCAGCAACAACCUGUUGGGCAGCGCCUUGAGCGGUAUACCCGGAGCCCCGACCCCGGACUCGUUCAUGGCCGGACUACGUCAGUUCUUGCCGGGCAGCAGUGCCCAGGCCUCGGACAUAUCGGAGGUGCGUGUCAAGCCGGAACACCACGGCAGCAUCAACUAUCGGGCCCCACAACAGACGCAGGCGCAGCUGGCUCAGCUGAAGAUCAAGUCAGCGCUCCAGAUGGAGCAGGAGAAGCAGCAAGUGCCGUUGCUCUGGUUCCGUAUGCCCAGCAAGCAGGAGAACGAGGAGGAGCAGGGCGAUGGCAAGACCACGGAUCGUGCUCAAAUCGAGUCCAAGCUGGAGGCCUUCGAGCGCCAGGUAAUCGAGGAGCUGCAGCAGCUGCAGCAGAUUGAGCGACUGGCUCGCGAGAUGCGCGCCCACGCCCAAGGAGAGACGGCAAGGAACGGCGCUUCCUACAAGCUGCGCUACCCCCUGAGCCGCACGCCAGUCCACAAGAUCACCCGAGCUGACAUUGAGCGUGCCCUACGCGACGACUAUGUGCGCCGCCUGCUGAGCAGAGAGAUGCAGCGCAGAACCUAUACCAAGCGCCAGAUUAUGACUGGACAGCAACCGCAGAGCCUGUCCAAGGAGGACAUCGUCAAGGUAAUGGCCUACGCCUACCGCAUGGCCGCUGAGAAUGCCGAACGGAAGGCCAAGGAGCAGCAGCAGUCGCAGCAGAUGCUGCAGCAGAUGCAGCAGCAGAAUCCCAUGAUGAUGCGCCAGUGGGCGGAAGGCGAGGCCAAGGCUAAAGAGCAGCAGCAGUCGCAGCAGAUGCAGCAACAGAAUCCCAUGAUGAUGCGCCAGUGGGCGGAAGGCGAGGCCAAGGCCAAAGAGCAGCAGCAGUCGCAGCAGAUGCUGCAGCAGAUGCAGCAACAGAAUCCCAUGAUGAUGCGUCAGUGGGCGGAGGCCGAGGCCAAGGCUAAAGAGCAGCAGCGCCAAUGGAUGCAGGAGCAGACCAUGCCACAGCAAGAGAACGCCCAAAUGAUGCGACAGUGGUCGGAGGAGCAGGCCAAGGCACAGCAGCAGCAGCAACAGAUGCGUCAAUGGAGCGAGGAUCAAGCAAAGGCGCAACAGGCUAAGGAGCAGGAGGCACAGCAGCAGAUGCGCCAAUGGGUGGACGAACAGGCUAAAGCACAAAACACACAGCAGCAGACGCCCAUGGUCAUGCAGCAACAGAAUGCCCCAAUGAUGCGUCAGUUUAUGGUAGCGCAGAAAGCCCCUGAGCAAUUCCAAAUGCCCAUGACGAUGCAGCCGCAGGGACACAUGAUGAUGCGACAGUGGACAGAGGCCCAGACCCAGGAGCAGCAGCAGCAGCGCCAAUGGAUGGAACAGCAGGCAAAGGCGCAGCAGGAUAUGCAGCAGCGUGCGUGGUCGGAGGAUCAGGCCAAGGCGCAAAGGGAACAGGACUCAGCGCUCCAGACACCCAUGAUUGCGCAGCAACAGAUGAUGCGGCAAUCCACCGAGGAUCAGGCCAAGGCGCAGCAGCAGGAGCAACAGCAGCAGCAACAGGAGCAACAGCGUCAAUGGGCCGAGGGUCAAGCCAAGGCACAGCAAGAUAUGCAGCAGCGUCAGUGGACCGAGGAACAGGUCAAGGCACAGGAAAAGCAUACCUCCGAGAAGAGCAUGAAUCAGGCAGCCGAGCGGCAGUGGGCGGCUGAGAAGAUGCUGGCUAUGCAGCAGCAACAGCAGCAGAUGGAUCAGCAGCAGCAGCAGCAGAUGGAUCAGCAGCAAAUGCAGCAGCAACAGCCGCAAAUCGAUGCCGAUGGAAUGCUGGGAGAGGCGAAACCGCAAAUGCCCGAAAACGCCGGCCAGGCACGACACAAAGUGGAUAUACUUGGCCUGGGUGGGGAUCACCGCAAGAAAUCCAAGUCCAAGUCGGCGCCCACCAUCAUCAACUACUACCACAAUACGCCGCCGGCUAGCUACGCACCGGCCUACGGUCCAAGUUACGGACAUGUGCAUAGACCCAGCUACGGCACCAGCUACGGCGGUGGCAGCUACGGCGGUAGCGGCUACGGCGGUGGUGGCUACGGCACCAAUGCGUAUGGUGGGUAUCGGGCGGCUGUGGGUAACGACGAGAUCGACUCCAUGCUGCGCCAGCAUAACACCAUGAUGGCAAUAAAACCCAACGAGCAGAAGGAGCGGCAGGAUGAGCAGAUGAUCACCACUAUUACCACCACGAACAGCAACAGCAACAGCAACAACAACAACAACAACAACUACAACCACAACCACAACAACGACACUAGCUCGGGCACGCCCCCAUCCCUGCCGAACGGCGAUCAUCGCAUACAGAAAAGGUUAGCAAAUAGUUUAAGCAAUUCCUCGCCAGCUUUGCGUGCCGGCGGCUGCGGCUGCGGCAGCGCUCACUGCGCCUGCGGCAGCAGCUGUCGUUGCGCCAGCCGAGCCAGUCCUGGCGGCUGCUCCUGUGCCAGAGCACAGCGCAGCAGGAGCCGGCGUAACGCCGAAUAUGGCACGCUGGAGACCAUCGAUGAGAGUUCGCUGAAUGCUCUGCGCAAGGAGUACAAGCUGGGCCUGAAGGAGAUCACACUGAGCCCGGAUGAGGAUCCGGCGGAGGCGCUGAUGCGCUACAAUGCGGCCUCAGUGCGCGAGGCGCUGGAACGUGCCAGCCAGGAGCCGCUGGAGAUAAGCAGCGAACAGCUGGCAGCCGGUGAGGCGGUCGCCAGUCCGCCGGAGGAAUACGUCACGGAGUCAACGACAGCUGCCACGCCCACAGGGCAAAAUGUAACUGAGAAGGCGCAGAUGGAUGAGGCGAGCAGCGAGCGCUCGCAAAUGCGCGCAGAGCUGGCGGCGACACGAAUCGAAUUCAAGAAGCUCUACGGCCUGAUCGAAAGCCUCAAGGAGCAGCUGACCAAAGCGGAGCAACGGUUACGGGAUUGCCGGCAAGUGGAGGCAACCAGCACGAGCAGCAGCACCAGCAGCACGACUAGCACCACAACCACCACCAGCACCACCACCACAGAGAAGCCGCCAAAUGCCGAGCACUGGGAACGUCUGCUGGCCAGCAAAGGCUACGAUACCAACUAUUUGUCCAAGACGCACGAGCAGCAAUAUGCCCAGGGCGAGCACCUGGAUCUAUCGAAGCCCGACUGCAAUGGCUCUGGCGACUACAGCUACCAAGAGCUGCAGCCCUACGAUCCGGAUAACAAAUCGAAGCGUGCCACAGGCUCCAGCAGCACCACGGAGCCCUCGGCUGGGGCGCUGCAUCAGGCACAGCUGUUGAAUGCGGCGCUGCAUGCCAAUGCCAUCAAGGAUACCGAAACGGAGGCUGACUCAAAUGAGGGGGCUGACACGACCACGCCCCAUCCCUAUGCGCUGCGCGGUAAAUUUGUGCGCAGGCGCAGCACACGGCUGGGAUUGCGUACGACGCGCCAAGCGAAGGUAACGAAGGCCAGCGGCAGGGCGACCAAGGAGCUAUCGCUGUUGCGCGAGCGCAGUACGAAGCUCGAUCAGCUGAUCGAUGUGCUAAACGAACUCCUUCGUUUGCAGCUCCAGCGUGAAAAGGCGUUUGCCCAGAUGGCCGGCAGCAAUCGAGUCCCAAACAGCAACCCCACCAACCCAACCAGCUCCACCCGUCGCCCCACCAAAUACUCAAAGCGUUUGCGCCGCCGACGCAAGCAGCGCCCAAGCAACAGCAGCAGCAGCAGCAGCAGCAGCUACACAUCAUCAUCAUCAUCAUCCGCUAAUUGAGCACAAUGCAAAUGUGUAUCAAUAACAUAAACAUUAACAUUAACAUUAACAUUAACAUUAACGUUAACUUUAACAUUAACAUUACCAUUCACUAAUUUAGCUUAAUUUCAUUUCGUUCACUUUCAUUUGCAUCAAACAGUCCAUCAACAGCAUCCACAUCAACAUCAACAUCAACAUCCAC